UUGCCCCUGGCCCCACACGUCAGAUCGAGAGGCCUCCUUCAGAACAAAUCACGCCGCCGCCUCCCCGACGAACAUCGCCGCCGCCGCCACCUCCCCCGCCGCCUCGCCGGCGUUCCCCAGCGCCGCCCGCCCCGUCGGUUCCGGCCACCUCGUUUUCAUCGUCCCCGGCCAUAACCGCCGCCCUGUCCAGCCAGGGGAAGUGAGGGAUUCGGGCGUGGUCGGGGGGCGGUUCUCGGAGAGCUCCGCCGCGGUGAGCGGCUGCUUGAGUCCGCCGCUUCCGGGGCGGCCGCGGCGGCGACGAGCGCCUGGAGUGGAGGGUGUGGACGAUCGGGCUCCCGGAGCUCCACUUGUAGCUGCACCUCCUGUUCCUUCUCCUCCUCUCUCUCUCUCUCUCUCCUCCCCCGCUUCCAUGGCGAGGUGGCGGAUAUGGCGACCACGAAGCCGAGCCGUCCCCUUCCUCUCGCUGCUCCUCCUCGCGCCGCUCGUCUUCACAGUCUCCAGGCUGCAGCUGAGCUGGUCGCCGGAGAAGGGCCUGUGCCUUCCGCCGCCCGCCGCGCCGGAGGGGCGGCGCCAAUGCCUGCCUCCGCCCACCGCGCCGAGGCUGCCGCGGCCGGAUCGCCUCGUGCUUGGCCCCGCCGCCGGCCAGGGACGCCCCGACCGCCUCCAGUGCCAAGGACUAAAAGCUGUUAAUAAGAUUGGAUUAUCAAGUGAAAGAAAUUAUUCCAGGGGGCAUGUUACUUUUGUUACAGUAUUCACGACAUACAACUCUGAUCCAGCUGAAGCAAGCAAACUCCCAUCUAAUGUUGUCACAGUUGGAAAGCAUUCUUAUAGCAAGGUGGGAAGGUCCAUGGCUAUCCUCAACACUUUCAUUGGUUUCAUACAGGUGUCAAUGCCAAGAAGCAACGUGAUCAUAUUGACCGAUCCUAAUUCAAAGUUAACUCAUGGGAGUGCUGUGAUAUUGCCUAUUGAAGGAAAUUAUUCUCGAGGAAACUUGAUGUUUCAGAGGAUCAGGUCCUACAUAGCCUUUCUGGAGCAAAGACUUGAGGAGCUUGAGACAGUGGAAGAUAUAAAUCAUCUAAUUUUCACUGAUUCUGAUAUAGCAGUGGUUACUGAUCUUGGACAUAUAUUCGAGAUGUAUCCUCAUUGUCACCUUGCUCUUACUUUUCGAAAUAACAAAGGCCAGCCUUUGAAUUCUGGAUUUGUAGCAGUAAGAGGAACCAGGGAUGGCAUUUUUAAGGCUAUUGAAUUCUUCAAAGAAGUCCUUGAGGCAUACUACUUGAAGUAUAUGGAGGCUUCCCGCAUGCUUGGUGAUCAAUUAGCACUGGCAUGGGUUGUGAAGUCCUAUCUACCAUCUGCUUUUUCAAAAUUUUCUAAGCAUGAGGCAUUUACAGGUGAAGUGAAUGGAACAUCUAUUCUCUUUUUGCCUUGUGCAGUUUAUAAUUGGACACCACCUGAAGGUGCUGGACAGUUCCAUGGUAUGCCAUUGGAUGUAAAGGUUGUCCAUUUCAAGGGUUCAAGGAAGCGUUUGAUGCUUGAAGCAUGGAAUUUCUACAACUCAACCUCUGAAUUAUCUGAUAUGUUGUGCCUAAUUUUAAGAAGUGGUAGAACAAAAUACGACUUCUGAACCUAGAGUUCAAGUGAAGCUACACUAGUGAAUUUUACGUUUGUGUUAUUGCAACAGUUGAGUUUGGCCAAAAGGACUGGGGACUCUUUUCAAGAACUCUAGGGGGUUCUAGUGCUGAGCAUGACGCCAAAUCAAUUUGAUGUGAGGCUUCAACUCUGCAUUUCUGAGUCGGUACAAGAAUUCAGGCGGUGUACAAAAUAGAGUAUGAUGCAAAACAAAAAAGCAGUAGAUGUGAUCGAAAUUGGUCUGGAUAGCUCCCUUACAAGCAACAACAUCAUACACUGUGCAUUCAUGGUUGUGUUGGAAAUCCACCAACAAUUGCUUUGGUGUUUCUUUUGAGAGGAUUAGUUUGGUCACCCCCUUGUGCCAAUGUCUUGGUAAAGGAUUAAAAUGAUUGAGAGGGGGGCUAGAAAUUUUACCUUCGCGCGCGCUGAUGUGUACUUGUGUAGACCGUACGUGGCGGUGCUGACGUAUAUUCAGAAAAUACACACAAAAUUGGAGACUUUUGCCAUGCGUAGAUCAUACGAGUGAAUUUGUUAACUCAAA